AUGAAUCGUAAAAUUCAGUUAACAUUAGGUCGUCAUGAGGAUCAAUCAUUCAUUCCAUCUUCUGUUCCAAGUACACAUGAAGAUGUAAAACAAUUAGAAGAAUAUUUUGACAAAUUACUCUACAAUGAUUACGCAUUAGAAGUCGGCCUUUGUCCGAAACGUCGUCGGAUCUAUGACGACCUAUUCAAUGAAUUGAUUCGCAUUACCAAAGUUCAUUGUCUCGAACGUGGCCUUCUCCUCGAACGAGUUAAAAAUGAAUAUACACAAUGGAUGAAUACCUACGAAGAAUUAUAUCCAAGCAGCAUGGCAUAUGGUAUGAGACAAAAUUUAUAUCGAUUGCAAGAAAAGAAGGAUUUAGAAGCGAAGAUUAAUACCUUAGAAGGUGAAUGUCAACAAUUACAGAAUGAACUCGAACGAGAGUCGGUGAAAUUUCAAGAAUUAAGCGAACAAGUUCAUCGACGGAACCGAAAUGAAAGUAAUGAACAACGUACAUUGCGAAAUAAUGUUCGAUUUUUACAAUCACAGAACAAGAAAGCUCGACAGAAUUUGGAAAAUACACUAAAUCAACUAUUAGCUUCGCCUAUUUUCCUCGGUGGACCGGAUCAAUAA